AUGGACUGGCCCAUUUUUAUUUUGUUUAUAUCUUCGAUCAUAUCAGCAGAUCCCCAUGUUAAUUGUGAGGAUCAGAACUGUCUGGAAUGUAAGUGAGGACAUUUAAUCAACAUUCUCUCAGCAAAUGCACCUUGCUACGAUGAUAGGAAUCUCCCUCAGAGAUGUCUUCCUGACUUCCAUAAUAUUGCUCAUGCCAAGAAACCAGCUGUUACAAACACUUGUAACAAUCUCCCCUUUUGUAUGCAAACACGAAAUCCAUCUGUUUUCUUGCCUCGGCGAUGCGAGAUUUGUGAUCAAUAUCAGCAUGCGGCCCAGUAUAUGACAGACUUUAAUCAACCGGAUCAUCAAACUUGGUGGCAAUCUGACACAAUGCUCGAGGGAAUACAGUAUCCCAACUCUGUCAAUAUCACCUUCCAGUUAGGUAAUAUUUUUUUGAUCGACACUUAUAUAAUAUAAGAGCGUUGCAACGGCACCAAAAAUAGAAUUUCAGGUAAAACUUACCAUAUUACGUAUAUUGCCGUUAUCUUCUUCAACUCCCGCCCGGAGAGUUACGCCAUAUACAGGAAGAAGCAUCCCGCCAAUGAAUGGACUCCUUGGCAUUACUUCAGUGGGUCAUGUCGUUCCACUUUUAAACUCCCGGACCGAGCCCCAGUCCUCCCCGGAAAAGAAGCGAUCCCUCUUUGCACAAGCGAGUUCUCAGACAUCUCCCCAACUUCAAAUAACCGUGUUGUCUUCCAACCCCUGGAUUCCCGGCCUUCCGGAGAAAAUCUAGAGGAAUCAGAAGAACUCCAGGAAUGGGUGACAGCCUCUGAAGUCAUGAUCAGUUUGACCCGUCUUAACACUUAUGGAGACGAGAUCUUCGGGGAUUCAGAUGUCAAAAGAUCGUACUACUAUUCCAUCUCAGACAUUGCUAUUGGCGGUAGAUGUCAAUGUAAUGGGCAUGCUCGAGAAUGCGUCCCGUCCACUGGUCCAGGAAUUAACAAAAUGGUCUGUAAAUGUGAACAUAAUACAGCUGGAGUUGAUUGUGAGGAAUGCGCUCCCUUAUUCCAUGAUAGACCAUGGAGAGCGGCUACUGGAAAUGAUGCAAAUGAAUGUCUCCGUACGUUGAUUGGUCUAUAAUUAGUGUGUUGUUUUAGCUUGUGAGUGCAAUGGUCUGGCCUCCAGCUGUUUCUUUGAUGAAAAACUUUACAACGAAACGCAGCAUGGUGGUCAUUGUAUUGACUGUCGAGGCUUUACUACCGGUCCUAAUUGUGAACUUUGUUUGCCUGGUCACCAUCGCAUUCCUGGAAGGAAACACUGCUCUCCCUGUAAUUGUGAUGAGAACGGAUCUUUGGAUUCAGAGUGUAAUGCAAAUGGAGAAUGCAAAUGUAAAGAUGGGGUUACUGGAUUGAAAUGUAAUGAAUGUAAACCGGGUUAUGAGGACUUCAGUCCUCUCGGAUGUAAAGACUGUCAAUGUUCAAACGCUGGGUCAUUUCGUAAUACUCCACGAUGUCAGCAAGGCCAAUGUAUCUGCAAGACUAAUGUGGAAGGACAGAGAUGUGAUCGGUGUAAACCUGGUUUCUUCAAUUUGGAUGCGAAUAAUACCGCUGGAUGUAGCCCUUGCUUCUGUCACGGUCACUCUUCUGAUUGUGUUUCAGCUCCAGGAUUCUAUCGCAGUAUCUUCUGGAUUGAAUUGGCCGAAGGUUCGUUUAAAAACAUAUUCGGUAUUAUAUAUUUCAGACAAUGGCUGGAAAGUAAACAAUGGAAUCCCGCACCAAGAUCCUGAAAGUUCUAUAGAGUUUGUGGAAUAUCAGAAUGGACAUGAUCCCAUUUACUUUGACGUUCCUAAAGAGAUUCUUAAAAAUAUUAAACCUUAUCCCGGCCAAAAGAUAACUUUCAAAUUUAGAAAAGAUUCGGAACAUGUUCCACUUUCCCGGAGGUAAGAGAAGAUCUAUAGUUCAAUAAGACUGCAGAGACGUCAUUAUCACCGGAAAUGGUUUCGUCUUCUCCGUUCCCCUUACUGCACAAAAUAAUCCGCUCCCCAAGAUGUUCGACCAACAAUAUGAAUACAAAUUGGAGGCCACCUAUUGGAAUCCACGAGUGCCUGACAUCCAAUUCCUCUCAGCUCUCACAAAUCUGUCAUCGAUUAAGAUUCGAAUGACAUAUGCCCCAAGAGGUAAUAUAUUAUGUCGCUUUAUAAACAUUCCUCUUAGAUCGCGCAUACCUCUCUGCAUUUACAUUAAUCACAGCUUCAUCGGUGCCAUCGGAACCCAUUCUUCCUACUAAUGUAGUUGAACAAUGUAGAUGUCCUUUAGAAUACACAGGGAUGUUUUGUGAAUCUUGCGCUUCUGGUUAUACUAAGGAAAAGAAUAGUGAAAAUGCAGUCCUUAGGAAGUGCAUAAAGUGUGAAUGUAAUGGUCAUUCGGAGUCUUGCGAUGCCGAAACAGGUAAUCAAAUUAUCUCUUUAAAUCACUCUUGCGUGUUGUGUAGGAAAGUGUUUCUGUCAACAUAAUACAAUUGGUGACAAUUGUAAUCAAUGCGCACGUGGAUUCUAUGGGGAUCCCGUUUCUGGCGCUUCAGAUUCUUGUAAAUCGUGCGAGUGUCCAGAUGGAGGACCAUGUGUAAUCAUAGGAGGCCAAGUAUACUGUACCGAAUGUCGGGAAGGACAUACAGGGCAAAGGUAAGUCUGCAGGGAGCGGCGAACCUGCUCCGAUUUCCAGGUGUGAUUAUUGUGCUGAAGAUUACUUUGGAAAUCCGAAGAAAGGAAUUCCAUGCAAAAAAUGCGUUUGUAAUGAUAACAUCGACCCAAAUUACAUCCAACAAUGCGACAGGUCGGUACAUUCGAAUAUUUAUAAAGCAAUAAAAACUUAUACGAAUAUUUAUUUAGAACAGGCAAAUGUCUGAAUUGUUAUUACAAUACCACAGGCUUUGAUUGUGAAAAAUGUGCUCCAGGAUUUUGGGGAGAUGCCACAAAGGAUUUAAAAGGCGACUGCCAACUUUGUAAUUGUUACACUCCUGGAACGAGACGACCAACAACUGAAUAUAAACUCCUUGAAUGUGACCAAAAUGAUGGUCAAUGUAAUUGUCAACCAAAUGUAGUCGGAUUACAUUGUGAUCGAUGUGAAGUAAGCAUUCUAACACUUAUUAAUAUUCAUUUUAGGAUGGCUACUUCAAUCUGACUUCUGGAAAUGGAUGUGAGCAGUGUGACUGUGAACUAAUCGGAAGUGUAAAUCAAACCUGUGACGUCAUCACCGGAUUAUGUCACUGCAAACCGGGAGUUUCUGGUCGUAGAUGUGAUCAAUGCUCCCCCUAUCAUUUUGGACUUAAUUCUGAUGGAUGCAAAUCUUGUGAUUGUGAUGCUUUUGGAUCUACAUCCCGACAAUGCAACAUCCAUACUGGCCAGUGCAAUUGUAAAGAAAAUGUGACAGGAAGACGAUGCGAUCAAUGUUCUGAGAACAGAUACAAUCUCCAACAAGGAUGUCUUCUUUGCGAUGACUGUUAUGUUCUCAUCCAGAAAAGAAAAGACUUCCUCAACGAUAGUAUCCUGGCUCUGGAGGACAGCGUAAAUUAUAUUCAAAUGACUCCAGUAAAGAUGGAUGAUGCUGAGUUUGAUGAGGCCAUUAAAAAUACCGAGAAAGAACUGCUGGAACUCAGAUUUGAUCUGGGCCAACAUACCCGUAGGACUCAUUCAUUUUGUUACAGUAUCGAUUGAUUUUAGAAAACUCGUUCAGAAAAGACUUGGAGAGCGUUGAAGAGGAGAUAAGAGAAGCAGAAGGAAAAGUUAAACAGGUCCUAUUUGCUGCCGAAAACGAUCAAGUUAGUCAUGAUUCAAUCAAGAGGUUUAACAUUGAGAAAGGUAAUAUUAAGACCUAUCCGUCUUACUUUGCGUACUUACAGAGGAUGCUGACAAUCUCUUAAUGGUGGGAACAGAUCUAAUCAGUCAACUUCGGGGAGUACUGAGUUCUGCAAGAGAAAAUAAGAACAUGAACAAAAAUGUAAGAAGUAUCUGUUUUCGCAAUACAGUUUUAUAGGACAGACUGCAAAAAAAAGCUCAAGAAGUAGUCCAUCUAAAUAAGGAAAUGGACCAUAAGAACCAGGAGAUUACAGCACUGGCCGAGAAGUUUGUUACCACCGGAAUAAACAUAUCAAAACACGUCCAUCAAACAGUUUUCGGGAACAACGCCAGCCAAGAAAUUCAUGACUUGGAGGAGACUUUGGAAAGAACAAAGGAUACAAUGGCCAGUUUGAAGGGGAUCUCUGAAUUUACCCUGGAGGAAACAGAGCAGAUCUUAACGGAGAGCGCUCUAAUCUUGUCCAAGGUGGAAUCAGCGAAGAUUCCUGAUGUUACGGACCUUCUGGACGUAAGAAAAAGACAGAGGUUAUACUAUUAUUUUAGGACCCCGCUUCAUUUUACGAACUCAACUAUGAUGAUAAUGUAAAAAAUGCCAUGAAAACACUUGAAGAUGUGAAAAUAGAGAGCCAGUCCACAAAUUAUACGUUCUUUAAGGCCAAAAAACAGCAUAAGAAGAUCAAGAAAACUCUAAAAACAAUUGAGAAGGAGAGAGAUAAGGCCCUAAAUGCGAGAGAUUCGGCUCUUCAAAUUCAGAAAACACUCGAGGAAACGCUUCAAAUUCUUCAAGGUGAGGACUUCAUUUUAAUGAUAAAUUUAUCAGAUCCCGAAGGUCUAAUUCCGAAACAAGAUUACUUCCACGAAAUUGAAAAGGCAGACGGCAUUAAGGAACAGCUAAUUCAUUUUGAAAAUACAGCGUCGACGUUGGAAACCCAGCUCAAGAAGAUGGAAUUCGAGAUGAUCCAGAUUCAGAAUCUCCACAAGAAAGUUGGAUACGAAACUAGAGACCGGAUAAAUGUACUUUCGAACUCUCAUUUUUUCCUAUCAGUCUGUCGGGAAAAUAACGGCGGGUCGUCGCACCUUGGAAUCGCUCAUCAUCGCUUUGCGACGGCAAGCCGCGGCUGGGGUUUUGGUGCGCGUCUGCGACUAGGCGAGACAUUUUGCUGCGACGACCCGCCGUUAUUUUCCCGACAGACUGAUAUGACGCCGAUUUUUUAGUGUUCUCUGUUUUUUUCAGAGGACAGACCAAUUGAGUAAAAAUCUCGACAAGUUUCAUGUCUUACUGAGCGAAAGGAAAAAAGUAUUAGAAGAUCUGGAGAAUGAGUUGAAAGAUCACGAACAAUCAGUACAACAACAGACAGAGCAAGCGGCCGAGGAGUUAAAAAAGUCCAGAAAACUUUUAAGGAAAGCCGUCAAAGCCGAUAAACAUAUCAAAUCGGUUGAUGAUUCCGUUGAGAAAGGCAUCAAAAAAAUGGAUUCGUUAAUCAGACUAAUCAGUAAGUACUAUGAUAAUACUUCUAUCACAGCACGUAAUCAAAUUAUAAUUAAAGCCAGCUUCGAAGUUACGGAUGAAGCUAGUUUGGAUGAACUGGAAAGAGCAUUGGUCGAGGCCGAAAAUCAAGUAGAAGCUUUGAAUAUAAACAAUAUAUUCAAGGCUGAACAAAACAAAAUAUUGGAAAAACAGCGACAAAACCUUAGGGCGGACAUAGAGAGAUUAACACGUGAUCUGAGCCAUCUUCGUAUCAUCCAGGACACCCUCCCUUUCAAGUGCUUUAAUCAUGUGAAAAUCGAACAGCAAUGA